CGUUUGGGCUACACUUGGCCGCGCGCGAGCGGCGAGAGACUUUUUGAGGCGAGGCGGAGGCCACUUCCAUUGGGAGAACGCGACGUCGUCAUUUUAAAAUGGCGCCAAAGAUUAACCUCGACCAGUGGCUCGCUUUGGUGCGUGUGCGCCACAUUGUGCCCAGCUGGUGAACAUUCACGACCCGCUAGCCGCACGUUCGCCACAACCUCCAUUUUAGCGUCCUUAGCGGAUAUCUACUGACGAAUCCGAGGCGGUCUAGGCGCAUCUUGACAGAAAAGAAAAUGAAUCAUAUUUGUAUAAGGAGGUGCCGAAAUGGCAACAUUAGCUCAAUGGUGCUAACGGCGCUCCACGGUAACAAACGUAGCAACCUGCCUCAGGGUUAGCACUGCGACGACUUCAUAACGUCGAGAAGCGCGGCCCUCUUCCAAAACAUUUAUAAAAGUGAAACUCGUGAGGCGGAAGGCUUUAGAGCGAUAAUGUCUACUCAGCGCCCAUGGUUGCUGAUUAAAUAGUAUAAAAAGGGGUGCAAAAUUGGAGGACAAAAAUCAUCCAGAAUAUUCCACUCGAGGCGCCGGUUGGUGGGUGGGCCCUCAUGUUUUGGAACGACACUGUUAGCGUUAUGGCUAAUCGUAACAGCUCAACGCCCAAGCUAGUCAAAGCAGCCCUUUUUCCCGAACGACUAAAGCCCCACAAAAGUUAUCGUACACGGGGAAUUUUAAAACUAACUGCUAGUUUUUGCACUUUUGGUCUGCAACAAAGUUACGGCGUCAGACGACAUGUCGUAAGCCCACUCUUAGCUUAGCCACCUAGCUGAGGUUUUUUUUAACCUUACAUAAUUCGACAGGAUAUUACCACUCGUUAUAUCUUGAAACUUGCUUAAUGUUGCCGUUUACGAUUUCAGCGUUGCUAACAUCGCCCUCCGAUUGCUACGCAUUGGCUGUAGUUGUUGUCGUUACCGGGAACGUCAUUUCCCUGAAAAGUUAGUUGGAUAGAUGUGGCAUCGCGAGGCUCACGUUGAUCAUUUGUAAUCGUAUUAUUAUUUUUUUCGUCGUGUGUGAUGCGAGGCAAAAUGUCGUCUUGUACACAGCGAGCGAUUCCUUCGCUCACAGCCUCAGGGGGACGCGUUUGUUUACCAGCUAAGGGCACAGCUGCAGCAGAGCUUGAACUCUGUCACCCCCCCAACGACACAGUCCGCGUAUGUGUGCGCCGAGGAAGUCACCAGGCCUGCUGGUGCUCCUCUGACUCGCCACCAUGAAGAGAAGUCGACACCCCAGCAGCAGCGACGACUCCGACGAUGCCAGCAAUUCCACCUGCUGGUCGCAGCAUUCGUCUCAGGCCAGAAGAGGAAGCAGGCAGAAACCUUCUGAGGUCUUCAGGACGGAUCUGAUCACGGCCAUGAAGGUGCACGACUCGUACCAGCUCAACCCGGAGGACUUCUACGUCCUGGCCGACCCGUGGCGGCAGGAGUGGGAGAAGGGCGUGCAGGUGCCCGUCAGCCCGCAGUCCAUCCCGCAGCCGGCGGCCCGCCCGCUGGCCGAGGGCGGCAAGGAGGUCACGUUCGUCCGGCCCAAGAAGCUGAUCCGCACGUCGGCCGCCCAGGCCCUGGGCUACGUGGACAUCCGCACCCUGGCCGAGGGCACGUGUCGCUACGACCUCAACGAGGAAGACGUCACCUGGCUGCAGAUUGCCAACCAGGAGUUUGCCAAGUUGGCCCUCCCGCCGUUGGACGAGUUUGCCAUGGAGCGCGCCUUGGAGGAGUUUGAGCGUCGCUGCCACGACAACAUGACGCACGCCACCGAGACGCAGGAGGGCCUGGGCAUCGAGUACGACGAGGACGUGGUGUGCGACGUGUGCCAAUCGCCCGACGGCGAGGACAACAACGAGAUGGUGUUCUGCGACAAGUGCAACAUCUGCGUCCACCAGGCGUGUUACGGCAUCCAGAAGGUGCCCAAGGGCAGUUGGCUCUGUCGGAUCUGCGCCUUGGGGAUCCUGCCAAAGUGCCAGCUGUGCCCGAAGAAGGGCGGCGCCAUGAAGCCCACCCGCAGUGGAACCAAGUGGGUCCACGUCAGCUGUGCCUUGUGGAUCCCAGAGGUGAGCAUCGGGAACCCGGAGAAGAUGGAGCCCAUCACCAACGUGUCGCACAUUCCCAGCAACAGGUGGGCGCUCAACUGCUGCCUGUGUAAGGACAAAACGGGAGCCUGCAUCCAGUGCUCCGCCAAAAAUUGCCGCGUGGCCUUCCACGUGACGUGCGGCCUCCACGCCGGUCUGGAGAUGACCACCCUCCUCACCCAGGACGACGAGGUCAAGUUCAAGUCCUACUGUCCCAAGCAUUCGGGCCUGGAGGGCGGCGACCUCAGGGAGCGAGACUCCGACGGCGAAGGGGAGAAGGAGGAGGGCGCCGGAAGCAAGAAGGGCAAACGGCGCGGGAGGGUCCGGGGGGACGAGGAAGAGGACUCGGCCGCGGCCCCGCCCCCGCCCGCCGCCACCGCCGCCGCUUCCACCUCCUCCUCGUCGCCGUCGUCUUUAUGCCUCGUCCGCCAACGCGACCCGCAGGAUCAUCGCGUCAACCUCCGAAAGAUGAAGCUGCAAGAGAUGGAGGAGGUCUUCUACCAAUUCGUGGACGCCGAGGAGGUGGGCCGCCACCUCAAGAUGGCGCCGGAGACGCUCGACUUCCUCUACCAGUACUGGAAGCUGAAGCGCAAAGCCAACUUCAACCAGCCGCUGCUCACGCCCAAGAAGGACGAGGAGGACAGCCUGGCCCGACGCGAGCACGAGGUGCUGCUGAGGCGCCUGCAGCUCUUCACCCAUCUCCGCCAAGAUUUGGAGAGGGUCCGUAACCUGACCUACAUGGUGACCCGGCGGGAAAAGAUGAAGCGUUCCCUGUGGCGAGUCCAGGAGCAGAUCUUCCAGCACCAAGUCCGGCUCAUCGACCAAGAGCUGCUCGCCGGGAAUCCGUCCAAGACGAACCUACAGCGACUUUUUUCCGAGGACCAUCUGAACACUCACACCGGGACCCCCUGGAGCACCUCAGCGCACAAAACCAAACGGCGGUCCAAGCCAGACAAGGGGAAGUCGCGUGAAAGGAAAGGACUCUCUGACUCGCCGCCGGUUUCCAAGAAGGACCUCAAAACCCUCGACGCCAAAUCCUCGCCGGUCAAAGAGUCCGGCUCGGACCCGCAGACCUCGGACCGCCCGAACGACAGCCUCUCGCUUCGGCACGCAAAGUCCCCCAAGCAGGAGGGAACCUCUCAGGAUGGGAAAACCGUGCGGAGGGAGGCCCCCCCGGGCCCAGAACGGCGGAAAGAAAAACAACCCGAGCACGAGGAGCGCAAGAGGAAGCGGUGGACCGACGUUGCGGGGACCUCCGGCGGAUCCCAGAAAGCCCGCUUCCAUUCCAAACACCUGGAUAAAACCGUCUCCAUCCGGCUGGUGGACAUCCGAUCAUCGGACGGCCGAGAAAUUCGAAGCGGCUCGGGAAGCCCGGAGCUCGUCAACAGUCGAGUCAAAGAGUCCCCGGCGGAUGUGGCCCGCGUGUCUAACGGGUCCCUGAAAGGCUGGGGCAAGUUCCGCAUCCCCAAGCGCAGCGAGAAAACCGAGCCGGAACAGCGCAAACAAUUGCUGCGGCCGCUCACCAACACGCCGACGCCGGGGCCGGGGCCCCAGCACCCGAGGACCAGGCUGCGCACGGGGGCCGAGAACGAGGACGGCGGCGCCGAGGUGCUGGAGCCCUGCUCCAAACGCUGCCACUCGCACCAGCUCAGGGGCGACGCCUCACUCGGCCGCCGCUACGGCUCCGACAUCAUCCGCCGCGGCGUCCUGGCAUCCUGACCCGCCGGGGAAAAAGACAAAUAGGGGGCGCUAGCUUUUUAUUUUUCUGGACAAAUCCGAUUAAAAAAAAAAUGUCUGAGUAGAGCUGAUAUUUAUUUUUUACGCGUAAUAUAAACUGGGAAAUAUUUUGAGACACUUUUUGUUCUGCCGCUGACCAGCAGGGGGACCACAAAGCUCUCGCGAUGUAUUUUUUUUGUUUCGUGUGUGCGUGCGUGCGUGUUGAAAGUUGCAAAAGCUUCCUUCGAUGUUAAGAAUGGGAAAUACUCCAAAUUGGAACAUUUCCAUGGGAAUUCAAAUGAAUUGAGCAAUUCCCACGGUAAAGUUUCCUUCGUUGAAACUGGCCAACAAGUUUGUUGAAAAGUGUUCCCAAGUUGUUUCGCACGACGCAGGAAGCGACGGCGACCUUUUCUUACCAUUGGCAUUUAAGACCAGUUGGCGGUGACGCAGACGCUCGCCCAUUAGCACUUGAGUGUCGUUGAACUAGCGCCCGCAACCACGUGCCUCACUUGAAGAGUUUGCACUACGACGGGCCGGCCAGAGUUAUUUUUACACUGAAGAAAAGAAAAAAUCCUGGGCCGCUGCUGUACUACUGUUAUGCAAAAAAGUUCAAUCGCUUUGAUUGUCUUUAGUCUGAAAGAGGAAUAAAAAAUCUCUGGAGGAGCGAC